AUGGGAAAACGCAAGGGGCAGAUCGCUCAGAUGAGCCGAAGUUCAUUGGUCAAGGACAUGCAGAGAAAACAUGGUCCUAAAAAAGCUGCGGCCGACACAUUUCUUCACACUACAGAGAUAGACGAUGGUAUCACAUACAACCGCAUCAACUUUCAGUCGGUCACGGAGCAGAACAAUCUAGAAGAUUUCUUGACCACCGCGGAGAUGGCUGGGAAAGAUUUUACUGCAGAGAGACAGAACAUUCAGAUCAUUUCCCAGCCCGGAGAAAGUGCCCGACUCACCCGAGCAGAUCUGCAGAAAAUCUCAGAAGCACAGACUGCCAACAGAGCCUUGCUACAGAUUCCACGCAGGCCAAAGUGGGAUGAGAGCACAACAAAGGAGAUGUUAGGGAUGAUGGAGCGAGACUCCUUCACUGACUGGAGAAGACAGCUGAAGCUUCUGGAGGAGAAAGAUCACAUCCAACUGACGCCGUACGAGAAAAAUCUGGAUUUCUGGAGACAGCUGUGGCGUGUCAUCGAACGCAGUGAUGUUGUUGUACAGAUUGUUGAUGCUAGAAAUCCGCUGCUGUUCCGCUGUGAAGAUUUAGAGACUUACGUCCGAGAGGUUGACCCGCGGAAAACUGUUAUGCUGCUAAUCAACAAAGCUGACUUUCUUACACUACCACAGAGGCAGCAGUGGGCUGAAUACUUUGAUAAGGAGCGCCUGCGAGUGGUGUUCUUCUCUGCAAAAGUGGAAAAGGAAAGACAAGAGUUUCCUGAAGCUGCAGCCAGUGAUGGUGAAUGGACCGAUGAAGAGGACAGUCAGGAUGAUAAUUCUGAUGAUGCCGAUGAUGACAGCUGUGAAGAGAAGGAUGAGGACCACGAUACAGUCGAUGAGCUGGAGGAGAGUCAGAAGUUAACGAAUCUUAAGGAAAAGUGUGAUGACCCCGUUAACACCAAAAACACCUCAAGCAGCAGAUGUGCUGGUUCAUCUGUGGCCUCAGAGUCUUCAACUGCUCCACAUUUGAAUAUCAGCAACAACCCUGAGAUAAUUAGUGCCGAGGAGCUGUUGGAGGUGUUCCGUCAGUUGGCUCAUCCUUCGGCAAGUUCAAGGUCGGAUGAUGUGAAGACAGUCGGGAUGGUUGGCUACCCAAACGUGGGUAAGAGCUCAACGAUCAACGUGAUUCUCCAAGAAAAGAAGCUUGGUGUGUCUGCCACACCUGGUCCCACGUACAGCAUUAUGAUCAAGAGACCGUCACUGGAUGAUAAUGCAGAAAGAAAUCCGACUGCAGAGGAGCUACUGAAUGCAUAUGGAGCCAUGAGGGGCUUCAUGAAUGCCAGAGGUGUGCCAGACGGUCCGAGGGCUGCCAGAUACAUUCUCAAAGACUUUGUCAAGGGAAAACUCUUGUAUUGUGAACCUCCUCCGGGGGUUGAUGGGGCAGAGUUUCAGGAUAAGGACAGAAUCACGGUCCUGGAGAAGCUGCGUCCUGUCUGUAAGGUGGCUCCACCACAAAACAGAAGUAGCAUUGACACAGAGUUCUUCUCCCAGAAACAAAGCAAGAUCCAUUACAGGGGCAGUGGAGGAUUGUCAGAGGUUGUGGGUGCCAGUUCUCUUCCUUCUAACAUGAGAACCUCCCAGUCGUCAGCACCCGGCACUGAGCCCCUUGGCAGCACAGCCUCCAUUAGCACCUUGUCCAGCAAACCUUGGAAGAAACAUAACAACAAAAACAAGAAGGAGAAACUUCGGCGGUUACACCGAGACCUCGAUGGUUAG